CAGCCAUGGUUUCUUUUAUUAUUAAUGUAGUGAAAUUCGUCAUAUUUAAAAAUGUUAAUAUUGUAAAAUAUAGAUUAGUAUUAAAUAAAGAUAGAUGGAAGAAACUCGAAACUUUAUAACCGAACAUUUUUGUUCUACCAAGUAAGCCUUCUUUGAGUGGAUGGUUUAUCAGAGUCUGUGCCGUUUUACUUGUAUCAUUUAAUUCGUCUGGAGAAAUGCUCACAAAACAGAAACUAUUUGUCAUGGAAAGUUCCUUAUUUCUGUCCUCUUACUCCAUGCUAUAAGUCGUAAAAACAAAACAAUCCUUAAUCUAAUAAACUCAUUCGUUUUAGCCAUGUUGAAACAGAUCAGUUCUUCUGAAAGAACUGUUGAUUCAGUUCAGUUCCUUUCAGAAGAACUGAACUGAUAGUUCUUUUGACCAGUUCAUCUGAACUUGGAACUAUGAACUGUCCUACCCCUACCUAAGAUGCAGCGUCAUUCCUUUCGUAUAUAUUAUUAGCUAAAAAAUUUGUAUAAAAUUUUAAUUAUUAUCUCUCAAGUGGUUUCCUUUGAGAACACAAAGAGUACUUACAGUCUUGUUGAUAAAUGAAUUUUUUUCUUUUCAUGUAAAUGAGAACGCUUUUUUCAUUCUUUUAUUUUUCUACUUGAGACACUAUAAACAAAAUUUUAUCGCAUAAACAGAGUUAAUCACGAGCAUAAUAUAUAAAUAGACAGUAUAAUUCGUCGUUUUCUUUGCGUUAUAAUCUAUUAAUAAGAUUUUUUAGCUUAUCUUUGUUGGAAUUGACCUAUGAGAACAUUAUUCCAAUGUGUGAUAAACAACGGCAUAAAUUGUAAUAGAAUAUUUAAUUCGAAUAUUGGUAUAAAAUAUUUCAGAAGAGAAUUUUGAAGUUAAUUGGUUUUAACAUAAUAUCUCUUAUAUUGAAUGUUUUUUUUCUUUUAGAUAAAUCAAUUAAAAUGUCUUCAGAAAUAGAUUACAAUUCAUUAUUAAUAUCAAUACAAACAAAUUUAUAUAAAUACGGUGGACCAAUUUUGAUGAUUCUGGGUACUGUAAGUUGCGUACUAAAUUUGAUUGUUUUUACAAAAAAGAAUCUACGUAAAAAUCCAUGUGCAAUAUAUUUGGUAGCAUAUAAUAUUGGUAAUCUUCUACAGAUUUAUACAACUAUGUUAUUAGCGAUACUAUCAAUUGGUUAUAAUAUCGAUCCUACUUUAUAUAGUCUGAGUUUCUGUCAUUUUCGUUAUUAUACACUGCUUUUGUCUACUAUUUUAAGUCCAACUUAUUUAAUAUUGGCAUCAAUUGAUCGAAUAUUAAUCACUUCACCAAAUGCUUUAACAAGACAACGAAGCACCUUACGUCUAACUUAUAUAUCCAUCAUAGGUGUAACAUUAUUUUGGUUAUUAGUUCAUAUUCAUGCAUUAUUUCUAACGCAUAUUAUAGAACCGCUACCAAAUAUUAUCAUUUGCUCUUUCCAGCCUGGAUUCUAUGUAACAUUCAUAAACUAUUAUAUAAUUUUAAUCCAAGAUAUUCUUAUUCCUUUACUGAUGAUUACUUUGGGAGUGUGGACUGUGAGAAAUCUUCGAAAAAGACGUCAGAUCAUUCUUAUUACUGUCAGCACAGCUAUUGUUGCUGUGCGUCCUACUCAUUCAAAAGAUAGUCAACUUAUUCAUGUUUUAAUUAUUGAUAUUAGUAUAUAUAUUAUCUUCAGUGCACUGAUGCCACCUGCUCUUAUGUACUUACAGAUAGUUCAAACUCAAUCAUCUAGUUUUGCUGAACUUGAACUCGCAACCUUACUUAUGACUGUUGCUAUUUUCAGUUCUUAUAUCCCAUUUUGUGUUGGCUUCUAUACCAAUUUUCUCGUGUCUAAAAAAUUUCGAUUUGAAUUGGAUGGUAUUUAUAUCUUCAGUGAUAUUGAAAUCCUACAAGAAGAAUGGACAACGAAAUGGCAAAAAAUCAAGAGUGUUCAUAGCAACAUCGGUGACUUUUGCAGAGCAUUACAAUCGGGUAUCAAGACAUACAAUCAAGAUUCGAUUGCCAUGAGUUUUUUUACUGUAAAUGAAAUGGAUUCAACUUAUAAUUUAAAUCAGUUGGAACCAACAUUCAUGUACACUCAAAUAUUCAAGGAUAUUCUUCUUGAUAUGGAACAUGAUGAACAAGCGAUCAAACAAUUUACUUCAUACUGUCGACAAAAUAAAUCCGGAUCGGAAAAGAAUAUUGAUCAAUUUGAAAAACAUUAUGAUACUCAGUCAGCUAUUUGGUGGUAUACUUAUCCAUCAUUUAUCUACUCUAUGCUCAACGAUGGUCUUCGAACAAUGAACGCUGAUAUAAUUAUUAAUAUGGGUUUUUUCCUACGUGAUGUACAUGAACAAAUUCAACAGUUAUAUGAACAACAAGUCAGCACCUAUGAAAGAGAAUCUUUCGUAGUUUAUCGAGGACAAGGACUUUUGAAAUCAGACUUCGAAAAACUUCAGAAAAUACAAGGCGGCUUAAUGUCGUUUAACAAUUUUCUGUCCACCAGCAGGCAUAAAGAAGUAUCCAUCGGUUAUGCUUGUAUUGCUUCAACAAUACCGGACAAGAUAGGCAUUCUAUUUGUAAUGUUAAUUGAUCCUUCUAUAAAAUCAGCACCAUUUGCCUCCAUCAAAGACAAGAGCUAUUUUAAGGAAGAAAAUGAAAUUCUCUUCUCAAUGCAUACCGUCUUUCGAGUGAGUGCAAUUAAAGCAAUAGGCAUUAACAAUCAACUUUAUCAAGUUGAACUACAGUUAACGUCGGACGACGAUCAACAACUACGAUUGCUUACUGAUCGGAUGCGAGAAGAAGUUCGUGGUAUUGGAUUGCAGAGAUUGGGUGGCUUAUUAGUUAAAGUUGGUCAAUUUGAUAAAGCUGAAGAACUUUAUAACAUAUUACUCGAACAGCCAUCUAAUAAGGGUCAAAAGCAUCUUUAUUAUAAUCAACUAGGGUAUGUCAAAGAUCACCAGGCUGACUAUGAAAAGGCUAUUUGGUAUUACGAACAAGACCUUCAAAUCUGUGAAAAAAUUCUUCCUUCAAAUCAUCCUCAUUUUGGUAUUUCAUACAACAAUAUCGGUUGUGCGUAUGACAAGAUGGGAGAGUACUCGAAAGCAAUUUCAUUUUACGAAAAAGCACUUCAGAUUCAACAAAAAACUCUUCCU